AUGGCUAUUAAGCGCACUGUGUCCAUCCACGAGGCUGGAUCCUCUUCCGGCACCGACCCAAACACCCACUCUUCUGCCCAAAACGCAGAGAACCAUGUCCCGCAACCCGGCGGCGACUCUGCCCGAGACCCCAACCCGGUUCCCGAGUCUCGUCCGGCACCGGCCACGGACCCGGAAGGCCUGGAGUUUAACGUGCGGCCCUUGAGCAGCGCCAAAGGCCUCAUGGUGAGGGUGCAACCGCCCAAGGCGCCCGGGGGAGUGCCCGCCGACUACCACGUGCCCUGCGACAUCGUGCUGGUCAUCGACGUGUCCGCGAGCAUGUCGUCCGCGGCCGUGCCCCCCGUCAAGAAGGGCGAGGCCGGCGAGGACCACGGGUUUAACACGCUCGACCUGGUUAAGCACGCUGCCCUUACGAUCCUGGCCACCCUGGACGAGCGGGAUAGGCUGGGCAUUGUGAAGUUUAGCCGCAACGCAAAGGUGGUGAUGGAGCUUUUGCCCAUGGUCGAGGAAAAUAAGAAGCUUGCCGAAACAGAGCUCUUAAAGCUUGCGCCGACCUUGGAUACUGUCAUGUGGAACGGCAUCGCCGCGGGGUUCGGUGUUUUCGAAGGAAAGCAGGAUGGCAGCAAUAGGGUUCCUGCAGUUAUGCUUAUGACUGAUGGCGUGCCGACCAGCAUUCCCAGCAGCGGCUGGGUAGGCAAGCUAAACACGAUCCGCCCAUUUCCGGCCCCUAUCCACACCUUCGGCUUUGGAUAUUCUCUCGAGUCGGGCGUUCUCAAGUCCAUCUCUGAGCUUACUGGCGGCCAUUAUGCCUUUAUCCCUGACUGCGGAAUGAUUGGCACGGUCUUCAUCCACGCCGUCGCCAACCUACAGUCUACAUUUGCGACCGAGGCCCAGCUAAAGAUCGACUUCCCGGCGACCCUGGGUCUUCAAGCGGCCAUCGGCAAAAAUUAUCAGAUCUUACCCGUGGAGGAAAUGGAACCUGGCAGUGGACAACGGGCCAAGCGAUCGCGCCUUACCGUCGGCCUCGGGGCGUUGCAGUUCGGAAUGUCCAAAGAUCUUUACUUUGAGCAUAGCGGAGAGGCGGCGCAGCUGGAAGGCUACCUCCCGGCCGACCAGACCGUCGCGGUCGAGCUUAGCUACAAAACCCUGGGCGGCGAGCGGAGCACCCUGAAGCUGGGCCGGGACACAUUCAGGGCUGACGACCCGCCCGAGGCCGAGGUCGCCUACCACGUGUCCCGCUCAAUGCUAUGCAAGUUCCUCUCAUCCCUCUUCCCCUACCCGGCCGGCGGCGAGCGCCAGCGGCACGGCUGGGGCGAGGCCAAAACGCGGUACGAGGACCGGACGCCGAUCGAUUCAGAGCUGGCGGCGCGGCUAUGCGGCGUUAAGCGGGCCAUGCCGGCGUGGGACCUGGCCGGGGCGUCGGAAGACUGCGCGUCGCUGAUCCAGGACAUCGAGGGCCACGAGCCGCACGGCCAGGUGGCGCUGGCCCUGUCGCGCCGCGAUUACUGGGACCGCUGGGGCGGCCACUACCUACUCGGCCUGCUCGACGCCCACACGCGCCAGGCCUGCAACUCGUUCAAAGACCCCGGCCCGGGCCGGUACGGGCUCGCCAGCCCCCUGUUCGCCGCCCGCCGCGCUCGUCUGGACCGCGCCUUCGACGCCGUCAAGCCGCCACCGCCGAGCAGGGUGCCCCCGCCCCCGUACCGCAGUAGCAGCAUCGGCAACUGCGAGCGGCGCAUGUACUCCAUGAGCGACGCGUACCUCAACAGCAGCGCGCCCUGCUUCGCCGGCGCCACGCGCGUCCGCCUGGCCGAAACGGCGACGACGGUGGCCAUCCGCGACCUCGCGCGCGGUAUGCGCGUGCACACGCCGCUGGGGCCCCGGGCCGUGGCGGCCGUGCUGCGGACGCGGGUGUGGCGUGCGGCCGUGCGGCGCGUCGGCGGCGUCGUGGUUACGCCCUGGCACCCGGUCAGAAGGACCGGCGGCGGCGGGUGGGCGUUCCCGGCCGACAUGGCCGAGGCGCGGCCCGCGCUGUACACGGGCUCCGUCUUCUCGGUCCUGCUCGAGCCCGACCCCCGCCCGCGGGCCCACGCCUUUCUGGUGGCCGAGUCCGCCGCCGGCGCGGGCUCGCCGCCGGUCCUGUGGGGCGUGUGCCUUGGCCACGGCCUGGCGGGGAGGACGAGGGGUGAGGCUGACGGGGAGGAGGCGGCCGAAGAUGCGGGGGACGAUGUUAGGAACCACGAGUUCUGGGGCGACUAUGCCCGCGUCGCUGCCGAGAUGGCGCGCCUCCCGCGAGGCGGCCGCGACGGCGUCGUGCUCUGCGGCGGCGUCAGGCGGUCCAGGGUCACGGGCAGGACGGUUGGGCUCCGGAAGCCUGGGCUGUCGCGUGGGCUGGCGAAGGCCGGGAAGACGAUGGUUUGGAAGCUGCGGGGACGCUUUGUUAGGGCGGCAAGGUCGUCGAGGAAGGGCCUUAUCUCCGCGGUUUAA